CCACUCUGUCGAGUCUGCUGCUCCCAAACGGUUCGCUUCAGCGCAGCCCCUAGGUUAGCAUGGCCUCUGUCGCGAGGCCUCCCGAGGGACUCGUCGACGUCGUCAAACACGCCAUCUCAAAUCACCAGCAUGAGCGCAGCGCCGACAAAGCUGCACUCGACAUGCAUCCGUCCACCCCACCAUUGGCCCGGCCUCCUGUGGACACACCGGCAGUAAAUCGCAGCCACCGCGAGGAAAUCAAAGACGAUAGUCCAUGGAAAGACGAUGAGGAUGGAAAAGACAACGUGAAGAAGUCUUACGAAAAGCUUCCGGAGCAACCCGCGCGCGACCGUCCGGAAGACACUUCGCCCGCGUCUCCUGUUUCGAAACGGUCGUUCCCAGUUUCCUCUUCCCGCAACUCCACCGUUCAGCGCACACCUGCCCCAGGUACCCCUCAGCAGAGGUCUGGUCCGCCACGGUCGAUAUCCUACAGCUACUCCAUAUCCAGCGCGGCAGGCCAUGGUUUCCCUGCGGCAUCAAAGCGUGAAGGAAGCUCCCGCCAGAACUCCCAAUUCGAGGACGAGGAUCCAGACAGAGUGAACGACUUCCCACCGGCAAUGUCCCCCUUUCGUGGUGCACUCGACUACGAAGAAAGGGAGCAGCGCGAGCGUAGACACAAGCGGCGAGACAGCUAUUUCCAAGACGCGUCAUGGAACCCGAUGAAAUGGAUCACGGAGUCUCCCCGUCAGACCCCGCGCGACGAAGAGCCCCCGCCCAGGCCGCCGCAUCGCACGUAUACCGAAGGCGGACACCGGGACGAAGAUAGCGAAGAUGAACAGGCUGCAGCAGGCCCGUCUGGCGCUACUCCACCCCAGUCCCCUACAUCUCCCCGUCUCCGCCAUGCACGAUCAAUGCCGCACAUGAAGAAUGAGGCGCGGACACCUCAGACACCCAAGUGGGGCCGCCUGCGCUCGUUGCUCCCUCACAUCGCCGGCCAAGCGAAGGCGCAACAUCCGUCUGCGCGCAGCGUGGCGCCAGCGACGGUGAACAUCACGGAUGAGCUCAUCACUGGUGGUCUUGCAACCCUCAUGCUCCGGUUCUGGAUUGAACGCGACGAGAAGGGUCAUCGCAGAGUGCCUGCGCUCUUUCAUCGCCUGAAGAUUCGCGUGACGGACAGUCUCCAUCCUAUGCAUGGCCACAAGGCUGUCUUCCGCAUUGAAUGCGAAUAUGCUGAAGGCGCUGUGCGGUGGGUUGUAUAUCGUCAGUUGCGCGAAUUCAUCUCCCUGCACGGGCAUUAUGCUGUUUCUAAAGCUUACAAUCGCAACAUCGACGCAUUGCCUGACUUCCCGAAGACGACCCUUCCCUACUUCAGAUUCUUGAAGGAGCGCGGUAGCGAUGUCGGGAAGGCAGACUUUGCACGACUACAACGUGAAACGCUCGAGAACUACCUGAUCUGUCUGAUCCGUGCUGUGAUGUUUCAUCCUGCAGUGAAUCGCUUAGCAGGUUUCCUAGAGUUCGGAGCGCUCACCGUCGCUCUAGCACAAUCCGGAGGUACACAGUACAAGGCCGGCCUCCUUCGCCUAGAAGGCGUAGCUCCCAAACCAUCCUUUGGCCGGCGGGCGGCUGGAUGGCGAGAGAAGCAAAAGCAACGUUGGUGUUGCGUCCGAGAGAGCUACCUGGUCGUCAUGGAAGAGAUGGGAGAGCUCACAGUUUGGGACGUAUUCCUCAUCGACCAAGACUUCGCCAUCGAGCGGCCGACGCGGUAUUACCGCCAAGGCAUGCACCUGUUCCACCUAGACAGCGAAUCAGCGGAUCAAGAGGAAGAGAUUAUGGCGGGCGGCCAGGAGAAGGCGAAAGUCGAGUAUGAGCCCCCGAAGCGCAAACGCGUCGCAUCCACAGUAGGCACUAUCAAGAGUGCCGUCUCGAAAAUUCUCCAUCCCGGCCACCACCACCAUGCUACCAACGGACAUGGCCAUCACAGCAGGUCGGCGAACAACCUCACGGUUGAUGAUGGUCAUGGGCAUCCUCGACCAUCGACAGACACGCGCGCAACCUCUUCGAGCUCCAGCUCGUCUAGCAGUUCGGGCUCCUCCCACCCGUUCACGCCUAUGCUCGACCCAUCCACGAACACGAAUCCGCUCGAGCCUGCUCAGCACGCGCAAGAGCACGAGCACCGCGAGCACGAACACCACGACGGCGGUGACGAAACGAAGAAGAAAAAGAAGGGUUCGAAGGACGUCUCGAAGCAUGUUUUCUACGUUGUGAACGCACAGACGCGGCUGAAGUUGACGGCAAAGAACGAGCGGCAAAUGCUGCAGUGGAUCACGUCCCUGGAGCGCGCUGCAAAGGACAGCCAUUAUACGGGCAGAAACCGGUUCGACAGCUUUGCGCCGAUCAGGUUGAACGUCGCAGCACAGUGGCUCGUUGACGGGAGAGAUUACUUUUGGAAUCUAUCGCGGGCAAUCCUGCUUGCCCGGGAAACCAUCCAGAUCCACGAUUGGUGGCUCUCUCCAGAGCUACAGUUGCGUAGACCGAAUAUGGACAAGUACCGACUAGAUCAUCUACUUGAGAAGAAGGCAAAGGAAGGUGUUAAGGUCUAUAUCAUCCUCUACCAAGAGGUAUCGAACAGGACAACCCCGACGGACAGCCAUUACGCCAAGCAACGCCUCACAGCGCUGCACCCGAACAUCAUGGUUCAGCGGUCGCCUUCACAUUUCCAGACUGGAACCUUUUACUGGGCGCACCACGAGAAGUUGUGUGUGAUCGACCAAGCAAUUGCCUUCAUGGGCGGCUUGGACCACUGCUUUGGACGCUGGGAUACCCCGCAACACGUUCUCGUUGAUGACCCUGAAGCUGAAUCGGAUGGAGGUGAUCACAUUUGGCCCGGCAAGGAUUACAGCAAUCCUCGCGUCUCGGACUUCCAUACGCUCAACAAGCCGUUCGAUGACAUGUAUGACAGGAGCAAGAUCCCUAGGAUGCCAUGGCAUGACGUCUCGAUGCAAGUGGUCGGGCAGCCCGCUCGCGAUCUUGCGAGGCACUUCGUGCAGCGAUGGAACCAUCUCCUCCGCAUUAAGAACCAUACCCGUGCGAUGCCAUUCUUACUGCCGCCACCGGAGUUCAAGCCCGGUGAGCUGGCGGACAUGGGUUUGACCGGAACGUGCGAGCUCCAGAUCUGCCGCUCUGCGGGCCCGUGGUCAUUGGGCACUCCCGAUCGCAUCGAGCAUUCUAUUCAGAAUGCGUAUCUUAAAGCCAUACAGCUGUCGGAGCACUUCGUGUACAUCGAGAACCAGUUCUUUAUCACAUCCACUGUCGUCAACGAGGUGAAGGUUGAGAACAGGAUAGGAGACGCCAUUGUUCAUCGUAUAAUCCGGGCACACCGAGAGCGCACCCCUUGGAAGUGCUGCAUCGUCAUCCCACUUCUCCCUGGCUUCGCGUUCCCUGUCGACCACAGCGACGCUAGUGCGAUUCGCAUCAUUUUGGAGUGUCAGAACAGAACGAUCUGUCGUGGACCGCACUCGAUCUUCGGUCGAUUAAGGAAGGAAGGCAUCGAUCCCGAUGACUAUAUCACCGUCUUCUCACUCCGAAAUUGGGGAAAGCUGCGUGGGGAUGUGUUGACUACUGAGCAAGUGUACAUCCACGGGAAGGUCUGCAUUGUCGACGACCGUCUUGCCAUCAUCGGUAGCGCGAACAUCAAUGAACGAUCCCAGCGUGGUGACAGAGAUUCGGAGAUUGCUGCUGUCAUUCGUGACACCGACAUGAUCGAUUGCACUAUGGCCGGCAAGCCAUUCAGGGUCGGGCGGUUUGCACACUCCCUCCGCGUACGCCUGAUGCGCGAGCAUCUUGGCGUCGAUGUUGACGCGCUGUACGAAGAGGAUCUCAUGUCGUCCGAGCCUUUGCAGGAGCCACACGAGCAGAACGCAUGGGAUCCUGAUAUGGAACAGGAAUUCGGGAAAGAAGCCGGUGUGACGCGUAUUAGCAAGGCCCACCAGCAUACGUCCAAGGGGGCACUUAUGCACGACAUCAUCGAUGGCGUUGAACAAGCCCUCCACGGCACCGGACAGGUCGGAGCAAAGGACAUGUCGAAGGUGAUUCGCAUGGCUGGGAUCAAAUCACAAGGAGCCGACAACACGGCAGGUGACAAGUUCCUCAGGGAGGAACGUGAGAUGUCAACGCAUGAUGGGAAGAAGGAGCCAGGGUUCCCUAGCUCUGUCGUCCCCACACUGGAGGAGAAGACCAUUAUGGAACACCGUCCGCACCAAACCUCACCCAUCGAAGAAGUCCCUGAGGAUCAGGACGGGAGCCGAACUCCCACUGGUAACGACCGCCAUCAGACCGGCGAGGCUCGCCCCUCAAGUGAGGAUGCACGUGUUCAGAACGGAGAUGCACCGAAGAAUCAGCAGGAGAAUGGGUCCGCGAUGGACAACGGAGAUGCUAAUCGUGGGCCUGUCGUGCAAGACCGGUCUUCUGACACGAAUAUCAACGGCGACAUCGCGCAGACCGAAGCUGCAGAUAGGACUCCUCCCCAGGCGGCGCUCGAGACUGGGGAGCUCUACGGUGCCCCUGCAAACGCUGCAGCUAACCCGCGAGAGGACAACGAAGUUCCACAUGCGGGGUCAAGCAAGGUCGAUGCGGGUUCCGAUGAAGAGAAGGCCCCUGGAGCUCGUGCGAUGCUUCGUAAACAUCUCGCGGCGAAGCUGGGGAGUAAACAUUGGCAUCUCCCGACGCGCACGCCCCACGUCGAUCCUUACGGCUUCGAAGACCCGAUUUGUGACGCCUUUUGGAAGGAUGUAUGGGUUGCUUCCGCGGCUCACAACACGGAGAUCUUCCGGAAGGUAUUCCACGCCAUCCCUGAUGAUCUAGUCACAACAUGGAAGCAGUACAAGGAGUUUGUUGUCCACCACGAGCGCUUGAAUAAGCCGCUCAAGGACCAUGACCCCUCGGACCCUCCGCUGGCUCGCAUGCCAUCCGAGGCCGCCGAUUUCGACGCGCCCGGUCAGCAGCGCAUCGCCAAGCAAGCUGCCAACGCUUCUGAGGACGAGCUUGCUCGCGAGAAGGAGCACCUUGACGGUGAUGGUGAUUCACGCACUUUGCACACGCCUCAGCCUCCGGAAAGCCCAAGUCCAGUUCAAGGGCAGAGCCAGAAGGACAAGGAUAAAGACAAGGAUAAAGAUAAGCGGCAAAAUAAGGGCCCAAAGCCGUUUGACCAGUCUGAGAGAGAAGAGAUGGAGAACCUGUUGCGUGAGCUGCGCGGCCAUCUCGUACUCUAUCCCAAUCGUUUCUUGGAAGGCGAGGACGUCGCAAACAACUUCCUGUUCCCGGCUGACCGCUUGUUACCCCUGCCUAUCUACGAUUGAGAUCAUGGAUACCCUAUCUGAUUGGACUACUUUACUGUACAUGCAUUUGGCGUGCGACGGACUUGACAGAGACUCUCCUUCAUCUACUUGUAGAUUACUGUAAGACACUCACAUUUACAAGAGUCUUUCGUUCACCCGACAUGGAGCG